UCAGAUAAAGCAGCUCAGUUGGAAGAUAAAAGAUUGUUUUUUCUAUUGUGUUGGGGACAGAGAAGCAUGCCUGAUGCCAAUGUACUCCUGAUGCAGAGUAGGACAGCCUUCGGAGAAUUACUGAAGAUAUUUCUGGGAAAAAUGGUGACCUCUGCAAUCACAGCAGCAGCGGCAGAAGUGAAAAGGCAAGAGGAAAAAGAGGAGAAAGAAGAGUCCAUUUUGGCCAUGUUAGGGAUUAUAGGAACUGUGUUAAAUCUGUUCGUCAUCAUUUUUGUGUACAUCUACACCACCCUCUGACAGUCUAUCUGCACAGGGUGCUGAAUGGAUGUGCGGUGAAAUUCCAGCAGUUGUAACAAUGGCUGUGAAUCAGAAGAUGCUGCUACAGGGCUCUUCAAAGAACUAUCCAAUACAUUCCAGUGUAAAGUGCCUAGGAGGAUCAUGGGAAGUGGAGCGCAUCGGUCAGUGUAGAUAGGAAUGUGAGAGCCUGUAAGCCAUGGUGAGCAGCAAACGUUCUUUCUGGCUCCACUGAGGCAUUAUAUAUAUAUUUAUUUCCAGUGCAAAGAUGCAACAGUUUUAACAAGGCCUAUUUGAGUGCUAUAUUACUGCCAUAUAAUAUCUAAUAUACAGGAAAUGGCAUUUCUACACUAAUAACCAUCAUGUGGCACCCGAGUCACUCAAACAUGAGAAGUAAUACCAUAAACGACGUUCCUAUUACAUGCUUCCAAGCUGAUACAUCCAGCAAGGAUUAAAUCAGAUUUCUAAACAUUUUUUCCCAAAUAACUUUUUUUUAAAGCACCUUACUAAACUUUUUGAAGUAUGUUAAAAAAACAUUCUGCUCUAUUUACUGUGAAAUACAAAGGAUAAUGAUAAUAAACUGGUUUAUUCAACUCA